AAGCUGCACCAAAAUUUUGGGUGUGCAAGCAAAAACAAAAAAGGCAGAGAAAAAAGAAAAGCUGUUGAGUGAGUAUAUGUAUAAGCCCAGCCAACCAUAAGAAACCCCCGAAAAAGACCACGGCCACCCACUCUUAUACUUUCCAUUUCUUCCCACCACUUCUCUUUCUCUCUUCCAAACAUCUUUCUCAUUCAAAUACUGGACGAAAACUACCAAGCAAUCAGCUGCUUUUUUUUCUUCUCAAAUUCCGGAUGGGGUUGUUGAAGAAAAUAGCGGGCUUCUUAGGGUUCUCUAAAGACGACAAUCACGAAUCCAAAGACGAAGACGACGAUAACAACAACAACAUCAACAGCAACAACAACAACAAUUCCGAAGCUCAGACCCAUGGCAAUAGUAAUCGGUCUUCUGCCCAUUUCCAAGAAACGGGUCUUCCUCGUAGAGGCUUCAGUGUUCCCGUCCAGGUCUCGCUCGAGCGACCCCAUCUUGGACCUCUCCUCUCUCCUUGUAUUCCCCCUGACGCCGCUGUUCAGGGUCUGAGAUGGUAUACCAAGGCUCUUAGGAUAGAUGAAGAUGGAGAUGUAGCAGAUGAGUUCCUCGAUGAGGUCCUGCUGGAGUCAUCAACCUCUACAGAAGAUCAUCAAAGGUCAUUUCCGAAGUUUGAAGUAAAGUACAGUACCAGGCCGGCUAAAGUGAAGAGCUUGCUCUUGGCUUCUGAUGGGAAAAUUCGACAGUGUGUGGAGCACCAAGGUAGAUUGCAGUGGGUAUAGAGGAUCCUUAAAAAGAAAGUAAUCAGAAUUCUGGGUGGUAGGGUUUGUUAGUGAAAAAACACAAGUAUGUUGUCGAUUUGUUGAUUUAGAAACAUCUUUGAUUGGUUGUCUGGUAUGGACUCUGGAACCCUGCUGCAACCCUUUGUAUCAAUGUCUGUGUUGACAUGCAUCCAUGGAUUUUCUCAUAUGGUUCCUAAUCGAUCUGUAAUUGUUGGCAACUGUUGCGUCUGGCCAUAAAUGUAAAAGUUUAGUGUUUGACAUCAGUGGUGUCUAUUUGUAUACACAGAAAAUGCAAUUUGAUGAAUUUUAAACGCUUGGCUUUGGUUCAAA